AGCGCAGCACUGUGGCCGGGCUGAGGCUAGUCGUGAGACAUAACACGUUUAAUGCCCGGCGGCUAGCGUCUGCCGUUGUGCUGGUAUCGUGGAAGGGCAUGCUGUGUUGUAACUCGCACCGCAUUUGAAUUAGUGUGGCGUUUGAAUUAGAGCGAGCGAGUGUUGGUUGUCCAGGCAAGCAGAAAACACAUUUCUCGUCUCGUCAAUUACCGGCAAAAUGGCAACAUACCACAAGCCAGAAGCUAGGACAAUUCAAGAGCUGCGGGAUAUCGCAAAUAAAUUACGUUUACAUUCAAUUGCCGCUACCAAUGCAUCGAAAUCUGGGCAUCCUACAUCAUGUGCAUCAAUGGCUGAAAUAAUGUCCGUCCUUUUUUUCAACACAAUGCGGUAUAAGGUGUCGUCUCCCCGUGAUGCUUCCAGUGAUCGCUUUAUUUUGUCAAAAGGCCAUGCUGCUCCAAUCUUGUAUGCAGCUUGGGCAGAAGCAGGCCUUUUUCCUUCUACAGACCUACUUUCUCUCCGAAAGAUUGACAGUGAUCUCGAGGGCCAUCCCACACCACGUCUAAAUUUCAUAGAUGUCGGCACUGGCUCUCUUGGACAGGGUCUGUCAGUGGCUUGUGGAAUGGCUUAUGUAGGAAAGAACUACGAUGCUGCAUCGUACAGGGUGUAUUGUCUUCUUGGUGAUGGUGAAAGUGCAGAAGGUUCUGUUUGGGAAGCCUUAAAUUUUUCAAGCCAUUAUUGUUUGGAUAACCUUUGCGUGAUUUUUGACAUCAAUAGACUAGGUCAGUCUGAACCAACUGCACUGCAGCACAAUAUGGAAGUGUACCGACGUCGUGUAGAAGCUUUUGGACUCAACGCAAUUGUUGUUGAUGGACACGAUGUGGAUGAACUUUGCAAGGCUUUUCAUGAAGCUGCUAAUACAAAAGGUAAACCAACUGCUAUCCUGGCCAAAACUUUCAAAGGAAAGGGUUUUCCAGGUGUUGAGGAUCUGGAAGGCUUUCAUGGAACACCUUUAGGGGGAAAAUCAGAUCAAAUUGUGAAGCACAUAAAUUCACUUAUUAAAAACAAUGGUGAUUUACAAUUGCACCCACAAAAACCUUUAAAAGAUGAUGCUCCUGUUGUUGACAUUUCUAAUAUAAAACUGUCAACCCCACCUGCGUAUACAGUUGGAGAAAAAAUAGCUACAAGAGUUGCCUAUGGAAGUGCCAUUACUAAAAUUGCUACAAACAAUUCACGUGUUAUUGCGUUAGAUGGCGAUACGAAGAAUUCCACUUAUUCUGAGAAACUCAAGAAGGCAUUCCCAGAACGCUACAUCGAGUGUUUCAUAGCUGAACAAAAUCUUGUUGGUGUUGCGAUUGGUGCUGCAUGUAGGGAUCGUACUGUUGCAUUUGUGUCAACAUUUGCAACAUUCUUCACCAGGGCUUUUGAUCAGAUAAGAAUGGGUGCAAUUUCUCAAACAAAUGUCAAUUUUGUUGGUUCCCAUUGUGGUGUAAGCAUUGGAGAAGAUGGUCCUAGCCAAAUGGGAUUAGAGGAUAUUGCUAUGUUCCGUACUAUUCCAGGGGCAACUGUAUUUUAUCCAUCAGAUGCUGUCAGUUGUGAGAGAUCAAUUGAAAUGGCCGCUAAUACCAAAGGAAUUUGUUUUAUUCGAACAUCACGACCUGCUACACCUGUUCUAUACAAGAAUAAUGAGACUUUCCAGAUUGGGGAAGCAAAGAUCGUUCAGAAGACAAACAAUGAUGAUGCAUUGGUAAUUGGUGCUGGAGUUACAUUACAUGAAGCACUGUCAGCGGCUGAUGAACUUGCAUCAGAAGGCAUACAUAUACGUGUGUUGGAUCCUUUCACCAUCAAACCUCUGGAUACAAGUGCCAUAAUUAAAAAUGCCAAGGAAUGUAAGGGGAAAAUACUAACUGUAGAAGAUCACUACCCUCAAGGGGGGCUUGGAGAGGCUGUGAUGUCAGCAGUAGCAGGUGAAACUGGUAUUGUUGUUCGGCAACUUGCGGUGAAAGAAUUACCUCGCUCUGGUCCUCCAACAGUUUUAUUGGACCGUUAUGGAAUAAGUUCUAAGAGCAUUGUUGCAGCAGUGAAAGCAAUGUUAAAGAACUGACUCAUAAAUGGUGGUGAAUAAUAGUAGUUUUGGUUUUAAAUGCUACAUUCCAGGAUUUGCUAUACUUUCAUAUUACAAAACAGAUUGUACACAUUACACACACAUGCGUGUACAUUUAUAAAUAAUUUUUUACAUCGGCUUGCCAUACAUCUGCCUAUUUUGUAUUGUAAAUGGAAAUAAAACGGAUUGGGGUUUAGGGCAUAGAUGUUGUUAUUUUUAAAAUUCCCAUUACCUUCUGCUAUAACAGGGUCAUCAUGGUCUGGUGUAUAAUCUUGUAAGAAGUAUUCUAACAUUAAAGCCCUAACCAAACUAACUAACCAAAACUAACUAACCAAAAAAGAAGGCAGAAUUUCCUUCUCUUCAACUGACCUAACGCAAGAAAAACCUAAUAUCCAUCCUUCAGAAAUCAAAAAAUACUGUAAAAUAAAGUUCUAAGUUUUUUAGACAAUUGAAAAUAUAUAAUUUAAGUAUAUUUUAUUAACAAAAUGUUCUCGAGUUUGGCAAUUUAAAUAUUUAUGAAAUGACAAUGUUUCGGCUACAGAUUUUUUUUAUACAAUCAUCCAAUGCUAGCCUUGUGAGAAAGGUGAAGAGGGCCAAGAAGUCCUGAGUAAAAAUGGAAUGUGAUUGUAAAAGUAAUUGUAUACAUGUUACAAAACUGUGUUCUAGGCUAGUAUUGGAGUGUAUCAGAAAUCCUUUUGUAGCCCUGAUGAAGGCUUAAUAAAAGCAGAAAGGUAAGCAGU